GUGAAUUUCAUAGUACACGCAACGCAUGAGGAAAAAGCAUUUCUUAUCAGUGUACAUCAAUCAAUACAGCUGUUUUCUUACUAAUGAAAUCGCAGUUACUCUACGAUUUUAAUCAUUUUCCACCCAAGUUAAAGGAAAUGGAAGUAAAUCCGAUUGCCUUGAUGUUUGUCUAUAUGGACAGCAAAGGCGAUCGCCUCCUAUUUCGCUAUCCCUACGAAAACGUCUACAAAGAUAAGCCACAGUUGCAUGGCAUGUCGUUGGCUGCAUCAGCGCCGGUUUUAAAUAACCCGCCCUUGGUCGAUAUAGCAAUGAGCAGUUCAGCCACAUCGUUGGUUUCACAAGUUUCGUCGGAAACGAGCAGAAAACGUAAUCCUUAUGCUAUCAGCAGCUCCGAUGAAUUGUUGCAGACUGUGCCCCCACCAAAUAUUACACCUACCACUGUAUUCGGUGUUUGCAACAAUUUGUGCAAUACCGCACCCAAAGGACAGCUGGAAGGUUUCACCGAUGAAGUGCUAUCUACACUAUUUGCCGUGAAGCAACAAUUGUGCAAUCAAAAAUUAGAAUUGAAAGUGAAUGAUGUGCGUUUUGUGUCGCACCCUACGUUGAUACCACGCAACGAGCAACGGUCUAGUGGUGGCAGCAAUGCAAGCAAUAGCGUAAGCGCAGCACCUACGUCAAUGCCAAUUGCAGUGUCGUCUGGUGUGCCCAGUGGUGGCGCAACGACAAAUGUUACGCUUACAUUGCCACAACCGAAGUCACAGCCACAACAAAUGCUCAUAAAUAUCGUUUUCGCUUUGCAUGCGCAAGCCAGUUAUUCCAUAGUGAAAUGCUACUAUGAACUAAGCAAACGUCUCGGUUUGGCGCUACGUGUCGAAGAGCAACGCGCCGGUUAUUGUACUGAGGAGACAAUGCUUAUGGCGCGCACUCAUGACGAACUCUCGUCACAGCAGCUACCGCUGGAGCGCACUUUCGAUGCCAUCGCCGAGCGUAGCACCUUAGCACAAGCGCUCAAAUCGAUCUAUCACGACCUAUGCACUACCGGAUUGCUGAAUACAACAUUAAAUCAGUAUUUGACAGUGAGCUUUUGCCUGCCACAAAAAGCGCAUCAGUUGCACAAGAAAGGCAGCAUGGUGGAUCCGGAGGCUAUAGAUCGUUGUUUGCGCUCGUUAAAGCCCUAUCACGGUAUGCUGCUAGUCGACUAUGCCGAACUGCUCGAUUGUGUGCCGCCACGUGCGGCGCGCAUGCUAUUACAGUUGGUGGAAAUAUACACACCUUUGAUGAGCCUACAAAUGCUUGCCUCCGAGGCGGAUAUGAGCAUUGAGCAUGUCUACAAAAUGGUUUCACAUCUGGUUUAUUGGGGCAAAGCAACGAUUAUUUAUCCGCUCUGCGAAACAAAUGUCUACGUAAUUGCACCUGAUGCGCCGCUCCAUACAAAAUCGCAUUUGGUUGAGAAAUUCUCUGCGCGCUUCGCCGGUAUGUCGCUCUUUGAUGCAAUCUCACAUUUUUCAUUGCCCACUUCCAUUGGGCAUCUCACCACUCCGCUGCAACAAUCGGCGCGUCAGGGUAUGCUCGCACAAAUGGUGGUCUGGAUGUUACAGCAUCAUCUGCUGAUGCAAUUGCACACCUAUGUACAGUUUAUGCCAAGUGAUGUCGAUGAUUUCUAUGGCGGUGUGAGCAGCAUGAAUGUGGCGGCCAGCGAUUGCUCGGUGUGCAGUGAUGGUGUACAUGAACACAAGUCGUCGCUGAUGGACUUGCAGGAAGGUACUAAUACAAUCAGUUCACUGGGUGUGGGCGCUACGGGCGAAUUGAUGAUAUCGCCGAUGAGUAGGAGCAUGAAUGUCAGCGAUGAUGAUCUCAACGCUGGCUCCUUGCUCUCAUGCGCGAGUCAACCAUUGCCAGUGCCACACACCAGCCAUCGCUCCAUUACCGAAGAUCGAUACUCGGGCGGCUGUUCGACGGCAUCAGAUAAUAUUGUAGCACAACCCUCCUCUAGUCACAAAUCAAAUUUUAGCAUGACCGCUUCCAUGAGCACUGAGAACUGUGAUAGUAUAGCAUCCAUCGAGGAUGAGGAAAAGAUUAAAGAACUGCUAUCUGUAUUUAGUGAAGCCGAUCGUACGGCAAUACGACGCAUACCAGCUUCAACGAACGUCGACGAUCUUUCGUUGUUGGUGAAACUCUAUCAGGCGGGCUAUUUUAAAAGCGAACAUCACCUAGAGGAAAUUAUGUAUUUUCAAAGUUUACGCCCAGCCGAAUUGCUGCAACUAUUAGAUAAAUUCCGUGAUGUUUUGAUUAUCUAUGAGACUGAGGAUCCAGCUAUUGCAUCAAUGUACAAUAACAAAUGAAGCGCGCAGCGUAAGGAGCAGAAGUGGGAAAGGUCGGAACGUUUGUGCGAAAAGACUGAGAAGAAGUGUAAAAGCGAGCAUUUACAAAAAUGUGAAAUGAGGCAUUUGAAAUGCUUCGAGUUUGAAGUGUCAGCGGCAGCUUAGUAAGGCAGUAAUGGGCAACAACAAUGCACAAUGUAAACUGCAUUUUCAUGCUGAAAUUAAACAAAUAUUUCUUUCUGCCAUUGUUUUUUUUUGUUCGUGCUUAGUCUAUAGCGUAUUUUAGUUGAGUCAUUAAUUAAAACUAAGCUGAAUUUUUUUUUUAAUUAUUAUUGUUUUGUUUGUUUAUUAAAACUAGUGAUUCCUUUUAUUUGUUUUUUGUUUUUGUAUAAUUUUUACUUUUUUCUACUACAAUACAAGUUUUAAAUUUUAAUUAUAUUUCUUUCACGUACAAGGAAGGGACGACACAACGUUUACAGAGGAGUAUAUCUUUAUAUUAUAUAUUUCUACGUACGUUUGGUUCUUUUGUAUUCUUUAAAUUAUGUUUACAUUUAGAGUUUUACGAUUAGAAGUCGCUUAAAGAUUCUAACUUACAUACACUUUUAAUAUAUAUAUAUAUAUGCAUAUAUGUGGUAUAUAUCUAUAUAUUAAUUAGCAAGACAAUGAAUACGGUAUAAUUAAUAAAGAUUGCAUUUGUUAUUGUGGUAGUUAAGAAAUCGUAGCAGUUAGCGUUAAAAAAAAUAUUUUACAAUUACUGUUGUUUCACAUUUGACGAUUAACGUACGUAUAUAUAUUUUUUUAACAAUGUGCACGUUGAAUGUUUUAAAAGUUGCUUUUCAAUUUCAUAUAAAUAUUGACUAAACAUACGUUUUUAAUUAAAUUAGCAUUAUUUCUCUAAGAUUAUUCUUUUGUUUUUGUUUUCACGCUCCGUUUUGCCAACAUUUCUGUUUUUGUCUUGACCCGCAUAUAAUCUGUACUGGGUGGAG